AUGAAAGAACAUAAGUCAACAUUAAUUGAGUCGAAUGGUCAUUUGGUAGAUGGUGCGAAUGAGUUCAUAGUCGAGAACGGGUCGGAUUUGAAGUGUAAAACUAAACUUCACUUUUAUCUUAACGGUACAAGUGUUGAGAUUAAUAAUCCCGAUCCUGACACUACCUUACUCCAGUAUGUUCGAUCUGUUGGACUGACUGGAACAAAAUUAGGGUGUGCGGAGGGUGGUUGCGGUGCUUGUACUGUAAUGAUAUCUUCCUAUGACAAAAGUUCCGAUAAAAUUACACAUUGUUCAGUUAACGCUUGUUUGGCGCCAUUAUGUUCCGUUGAUGGCAAACAUGUUAUUACAAUUGAAGGAAUUGGUAACGUUGAAAAUCCUCAUCCUGUUCAGGAACGAAUAGCUUUAUUACAUGGUUCUCAGUGUGGGUUUUGUACUCCAGGGAUAGCAAUGUCACUUUAUUCUUUGCUGCGAAAUAAUCCUAAUCCAUCUGAGAAAGAAAUUGAAGAGUGUUUUGAUGGUAAUUUAUGCAGAUGUACAGGAUAUCGCCCUAUUUUAGAUGCGGCAAAAUCGUUUGCUAAUCCAUCUAAGGAUUAUGAAACUUCGGAGAAUUUAGGAUGUGGUCGUGCCGAUUGUUGUAAAUUGAAAAAUGUCGAAAAUGAUGUUGCUUUAGAUCUCAAGUUCCCACAAAUAAAAUUUAAAAAAUAUGACGUGACUCAAGAAUUAAUAUUUCCACCAUCACUUAUGAAAUACAUUCUCGAACCUCUUUACUUUUCUGGUAGAAAGUCAAAAUGGUUCCGGCCUGUUAACUUGAACCAACUAUUAUACCUAAAAUCAAAAUAUCCAUAUGCAAAAUUGGUAUCUGGUAACACUGAAGUUGGAAUAGAGACAAAGUUCAAGAAAUUAAGAUACAAUGUACAAAUCUUUGUGGGAGAUAUACCAGAAUUGAAAACUUGUGAAUUUAAGGAUGAUGGAUUAUUGAUUGGCGCAAAUGUAAGUCUUUCGAAAUUUCAAGAAAUUUUACAAGAUGCGCUCGGACAUUAUGAGCUUCAUCAAACACAAAUAUUUAAGUCGCUUUUGGAAAACCUUCGUUGGUUUGCUGGCAAUCAAAUCCGUAACGUAGCCACGCCGGCAGGAAACAUUGUUACUGGUUCUCCGAUUUCAGAUUUAAAUCCUAUUUUCCUUUCAUCAAAAACACUAUUUUCCCUUUCUUCUUUAGAACCAUCAUCUAUGGUAGCAACAAAUCGAGUUAUUUCGUCUGAAUCAUUUUGGACAGGAUAUAGGCAAAAUUGCUGUGAAGAAACGGAAAUUUUAGAAAAAAUAUUUAUUCCCUGUUCAAAGCAAGGACAAUAUAAUAGAGCUUACAAACAGGCUAAGAGACGUGACGAUGAUAUUGCUAUCGUAAAUGCUGGACUGUCGGUGUUAUUGGAUGACAAUAAUCAAGUUAAAGAGGCUGCAUUUGCUUUCGGAGGAAUGAGUUGGGUUACUGUUAGAGCACCCGAAUCAGAACAUUAUGUUUUAGGCAAAAAGUGGGGUGACCAAAAUGUGUUAAAAGGUCUUCUUGAAAAGUUAUGUGAGGAAUUUCGAAUGAAAUUUUCCACACCUGGUGGCAUGGCAACGUAUCGUAAAUCGUUAGUCGUAGGAUUUAUGUACAAGUUUUGGUACGAUGUUUCAAAAUCUGCUAAUAUAAUAGUGGAUGAUUGUGAUGAAAAUUUUGUUGGAAUAAUUGAACGUAACAUUUCAAAAAGUGUUCAAAUUGUUGGACAAGCUGAAAAAGACAAAACAAUUGUUGGCAAACAAAUUCCUCAUGCAUCAGCUAUGAAGCAGGUUACUGGUGAAGCGAUGUAUACAGAUGAUAUACCCAAGAUUCAAGGCGAAUUGUAUGGAGCAUUGGUUUUGUCACAAAAGGCUCACGCAAAAAUAUUAGGAAUCGAUGCAACUGAAGCAUUGGCUCAACCUGGUGUUAAAGGUUUCUUUUCAGCAAAGGAUGUGCCAGGAAGUAAUAUUUGGGGGCCUGUAUCACAUGAUGAAGAGGUUUUCGCCAGUGAAGAGGUUAAUUGUGUAGGCAAGUGA